AUGUCUUCUGAAACGCGUAUUGUCCAGAACGGCUCGGCUUCUCCCUCUGAUGAUAGCUUGCACAAGAACGCAAAUGGAGUGGCACCACGUGAUAAAGAUAAGAAAGAAAUCACACAACCACGAGCUACAGAGGAAGAUCUUCAAAAUGUAUUCAAUCCCAAGACCUACGUACCUGGCUCCUACAAAUAUUCUCGCCAAUACCUACGUGAACGUUUAAGUCGUUCCAUCCUGCAUGAAUUCAGUAUUGAUGAACAGAAAGCAAGAAUCGAAUUGGCUGCCGCUUAUCGACUAGCUGCGAAAAAUGGGUGGUUAGAAUCCAUCUAUAAUCAUAUUACUUGUAACGUGACUGGUUCAAAUGGCGAACAUCACUUAUUAAUCAAUCCUUUAGGCCUGAACUACCGUGAAAUUACAGCAUCAUCACUAGUUAAAAUCGAUUUCGAUGGAAAUAUGAUUCAUCCGGGUGUUGUGGGUGACAUCAUGGGAGUGAACAAAGCCGGCCUCGUGAUCCAUUCCUGCAUUCAUCGUGCUCGUUCGGACGUUCAAUGUGUGAACCACAAUCAUAACUGGGCUGUAGCCGGGCUCUCGGCAACGAAAAGUGGAGUGAUCGAAUUGGCACAGACUACACAUGUGACUGGAGAGAUUGCCUACCACGACUACGAGGGCAUUGUUGUCUCGCAAGAUGAGCAAGAACGGCUCGUACGCGAUUUGGGAGACAAGGACGUUAUGAUUUUGCGUAACCAUGGCUUGCUCACUUGUGGACCAUCUGUUGGUGCUGCGUACUACCAUGCGUACACGCUAUGCGCCGCUGCAGAAAUGCAAUCGCAUGCAUGCUCUAUGGCCUUUAACAAGGGCGAUUUACUAAUACCGGAGGAUCGACUCGUCAAGCUAAGCAUGGAUAUAGCUAAGAAUUUCACUCAGGCGUCAAUCGGUACUCUGGAAUUUGCUGCUGCUAUGCGUGAACUUGACCAUGAUCAAGAUCAUUCUACUUAUCCGGACUACCGAAACUGA